AUGAUUGAGCUCGCCAAGAAGAUCACCCGGGAGACGGAGAAGCUCGACAAGUACAUGAGGGACAACAACCUCCCCAAUGCCGGCUUCGACGUCAACGAUGCGGGAGACUUCCCCCCGCUGCCCGCCGAUAUACAGAACAGCCGCCAGGAGAUUGUAUAUGCUACCAGGGAGCUCGGCGCUAUAGUUCGCGGUCCCAGAGAGCAUGUUCGAUGGGGUGUCUGGAGUCUUUUCAUCGCUCAUCCUGUCCUAGCCAAGCUCGUCCCUAUCGAUGCGCCCAUUCCGCUUGCCGAGCUCCAAACCAAGACUACGCUGGAUCCCAUCAACCUCGCUCGUGCUCUCCGCCAUGCCAUGACCAACUACAUCUUCCAAGAGCCCUCGCCCGGCCUCAUCGCCCACACCGCCGCCUCCCGCAUGCUCGCCGAGGACGGCCCUCUGCAGGCCUGGGUGGGCUUCAACUCCGAGGACAUCUUCCCGGCUGCCGCCCACUCGCUCCAGUCUCUGCGGACCUAUCCCGAGGGCACCGAGCUGACACGUACCGGCUUCAACUUUGCCUUCAACACGGUCAACCAGGAGCCCAUGUUCGUCACCUUUGGCAAGGAUCCCGCGCGCGCCAAGCGCAUGGGCGGCGCCAUGGCCAGCUUGACUGGUGGCGAGGGAUACGAGGUGAGCCACUUUGUCGACAACUACGAUCUGUCCGACGUGGAUGCCAAGGAGGGCACCUUUGUCGAUGUCGGCGGAAGCCACGGAUUCGUGUGUGUCGACUUGGGCAAUAAGUGGAAGAAGACCAAGUUUGUCGUGCAAGAUUUGCAAAAGACGGUCGAUAGCGCACCCAAGCCAAUUUCCCCCGACGAAGACGUGUCCAAGCGCAUCACGCUACAGGCUCACGACUUCUUUACUGAGCAACCCGUCCAUGGUGCUGAUGUCUACUUCUUCCGCUGGAUCAUGCACAACUACUCGACUCCUUACGCCAUCAAGAUCAUCAAGAGCCUCGUCCCGGCGCUCAAGCCCGGUGCCCGCGUCGUCAUCAACGACCACUGCCUGCGCGACGUCGGAGCCGAGAACCCCUGGGACGAGAAGAUCAUGCGCAGCAUGGACAUGGUGAUGCUGGCGGUGCUGAACGCCCAAGAGCGAACCGAGACCGAGUUCCGGGAGCUCUUCAAGGCCGUCGACGAGCGGUUCGUCUUCAAGGGCGUUUCGAGGAGCCCAGGAUGCAGGAUGAGCGUUGUUGAGGCCGUUUGGAUGCCCGAGAGCGUCGAGAAGACCGAGGCUGAGGAGGUGGUGGAGACGAAGGAGGAGCAGAAGGUUGAGAUUCCCGCCGAGGAGAUCAAGGCGGCGUGAGAUGAGAGCUUUGAGAUGAGUCCUUGACCAUGACCCGGCUAAAAUCCAUUAGCUCUGAAUGAUGGUGAUGAUGCCUUUAAUCUAAGUAUAAUACACUUCUAACCUACUAUAAAUAUUAUUAUUUUAGCAAUAAGUCUCGCAGUCUCUUUAUUAAAUUUAUCACUGUUUUCAAA